AUGAGCCCCCCCGAGAUGAACCAGCAGAUCGAGCUGCCAAUCCGCCUGAAGCCGGCACUUACUCGAAGCGUUGCUUGCCAAAAUCAUCGACAUCUCGCGAGUGCCGGAAUCUUGCAUCACCACGAAUAUCGCUACGAGCGGAUCCUUCACAUUCAAGAUAAAUCCCUUCCCAGCGUCGGACUUCUGGCCAUGAGACCCCGUCACAGACCCACGGAAGAGCUGCCCCCGGCCGAUCUAUCCAGCGCCGUCGUGUUCGUUGUCACAGGAGCGCCCGGCGCCGGCAAGACCACCGUCGCCGUCGACCUGGCCAAGGACGAAGAGCUCGGCUACCUGGAAGUCGACGCCCUCGUCGAGCAAGAGGAGCGCAGGCUGGGGUUCCGUCUCUCGAAACCGGUCCCCGACGGCGAGGGCGAGCACAAGAUCGUUCCGAACGCCGUGCUCUUCAGCCUCAUCAAGCAGGAGAUCGCGGAGCAGAUGGCCGCCGACGUGUACGAGUUCGUCAUCGACGGCCUCGUCAUGAUGCCGGCAGCGCAUGACUUCUUGGAUCGAUGCUUCAACUUCCAGCACACCCUGCUGCUGCACGCCGACGCCAAGAUCCGCUUCUCCCGCUGGUCGUGUCGGCGCUCGAUGCUGAAUGGGCCUCGCAUCUCCCGUGCACAGUACGACCGUGCCCGCCACAAGUUCUUCCGGAAUUCGCAGCCCUUCCUGGUCGCCGAUAGGGUUUAUCUCUCCGAAGCGCAUCAGGGCCUCACGGAGUCCACACGCAUGUUUGACACGGGUGAAAUGCCUCAAAUGUAUUGGUAUCCCAGCCUUCGUCGCUGCGUUCAACAGGUGCUUAUUCAUCAAGCAGGGAGAUACCUCGAUGCCAUGAUUGAGGCGGAGAAUUGA